UGUGCGGCGCCCCCCGGAACAGAACCACAGGCUCCGCGGCGCUGGGUUCGGGCGCUCGGCCCGUGGGGGUCCUUUCUUCCCUGGAGGACGCGACCCCGGCUCCCGGCUCGUCUGCCCCUCGCGCUCGGGUUCCCUGGUCCCCCGGCCCCUGUUGUCCUUCCCCAGUUGUCUCCUUUACUGUUCUUCUCUGGUUGCCGGGGUAGCCCUCGCCUCUCCCCGGUCCUGACACCCGCGGGGAGCCGCGCGUCCCCUGCCCUGCACGGCCCGCCUCCCCGAGCUGGCCCGCGGGAUUUGAAGAGCUCCGCCUUUGGCCGACGCAGCCCUCCCUGGACCAGCCCGGAGGACAUGCGGCGAAGAGCUCCGAGUUUGACUCCCACCCAGCUCGCCACUUACUCGCGAUGCCCAAAGCCUGGUCCUGGCUCCAUCGCCGAUCUAAAAAAGACAGGCUUUGAGGAAAAAGGAAGGCGUUUCAUUGCUUUGGUAGCCCAGGAGGAACACAGAGGACUGCUGUCCCGGAAGCUGUGAUUCCCCCUGCCAGGGGGGCACAGGGCUUUUUAAAAAGGAACACAAGUGCUGGGAUCCCAAUGCAGUCCGAUAUAAUUACUUAGUAUCCAGCAGAUGUCUUUGAGAGAGGCUUUGCUCCAGUUCCCAGGUUUAGAGUUUGUUUAUUCUUGUGGGUAGUGAUAUUCUUCCAGGCAGUGGAAGACAGGAGUGCUUAGCCUGGGAUAGGAAAAGUGUUAGUAUUGUUUCCCCGGUUGUUAGGGAGGUGGAAAAGUGGAAGAGAAAAAGGGGGGAAAAAUGUCAGCCACCUACAGGUUUAUGCUCAAAGCAUAAGGUGGCCCCCUCCCUCUUAACACUAGCUGUGUAAACUGGACACAGUAACUUUUCUGUGCCUCACUUUCUUCUUUGGCUGUCAGAUGAUGACAAAAGUAGAUAAUUUGUAUAAGUGAGUACACCUAUAAAGCACCUGGAACUGUGCCUGACAAGUGACAGCAAUUGUUUUUGCUCUCAGUCACUUUCCCAAGCUCUGGGACACAGAGACCUACCUUUCUAGUGCUUGUAUACAAGUGGGAAAUUUUUAUUUACCCCUGUUUUGGAGUACCCAUCCUUUUUUUCAUGGACAUUGAUACACAGUGAGUCAUGUGCUUUGUAUUUGACUUUGUCUUUUUAUUUUACAAGUCCAGAAGAGCUGAGAAUUACAUGGCAUGGCUUUAAUUACCUUGCGAAGGAACUUCUGCCAUUUGUCUGAUUUUCGGAUACAUGGAGCUCUGGCUGCUCUGAGAAAUCAUCCUAUAAAUCAUGUUCACAAGGUAUCCAAAGAGCAACUGCAUCCUUGGUUCUGUUCAGUACAGUAUGAGCCUUUCAAGAUCCAUUUUCAUCAUGCCUGCUAUAAAAAGUUCCACUUACAAAAUGGAAAUGAACUUCAUCCAGUUGGUGAGCCAGCAUUCUCUCAGGUACAUGACUGGAACAAGUUUGAACAAAAUCUUAAAAAUGAGGAUGAACAGAUAUUUUACAGGAGACUAAACGAAUUCACUUCAUCAGAAGAGGUGUUGAGUUUUAUAAAAACACUGGAAACUCUGCCUGAUGCUAUGGCUGCAGGAGCCUUACAACGGAUCUGUGAAGUAGAGAAAAAAGGUGGUGAUCAAAGGCUGCCCAAAGAAAUACUAGAGAGCAAUGUCUUUCAAGCUUUAUGUUUUCAAUUUGAACAAGAGCCCUCACAGCUGUCAAACUCUGGUUUGGUGACUGCUUUGCAAGCUCUGAUUUGGUUGCAUGUGGAUACUCAAAGUAGCUUGGUACUGAAUCUCGUGGCAGAAUGCCAGAAUCGUCUCAAAAGAGGUGGCCUGGAAGUGCAUGAUCUUUGUGUUCUUGGGGAGAGUCUGAUUAGACUGCAAGGCCCAGGUUGUGUGACACUAGAACUAAUUAUCUAUCAACUGCAAGAUGCAAAAUUGGAAGUAUUUACCCCGGAGGAUAUUGUGGCCCUUUAUAGAAUACUGCAGGCAUGUGCUGAAAAAGUAGACCAACACCAGACAUUUUUAAAUACGAUAAACAACUUUUCCCUUUCAAUAGUUUCCUACCUGAGUCCUAAAUCCAUUAGCCAAAUGCUUACUGCUCUGGUGGUUCUAGAUCAAGCUCAGGCACUUCCUCUGGUUAUAAAAUUGGGUAAAUAUGUUGUGAGGCACAUUCCCCAUUUCACUAAUGAAGAGCUCAGGAAAGUCAUAGAGGCUUUCAUAUAUUUUGGACACAAUGACAGGUUUUUUAUCAAAACCUUAGAGCGGCAUGUAGCUGCAUUCUGCCUCACCUUGGAUGCUGAUGUUGUCAGCAAAAUCAUGGAGUACUGCAGCAGAAAGCUGAUUCUUUCGGAACCCAUCCUCAAUGCAGUGGCAGAAACUUUUGUUAGCCAAUCAGAAAAAUUAUCACCUAGUCAGAUUUCUGAGUUAAUUGAGCCAUUUGGAAAACUAAAUUAUUUGCCACCAAAUGCACCUGCUUUAUUUAGGAAGCUAGAACAUGUGCUGUUCACCCAUUUCAAUUAUUUUCCACCCAAAACAUUAUUGAGACUUCUCCAUUCAUGUUCGCUGAUUGCGCACCCUCCAGUCAACUUCAUGGGAAAAAUAUUCAGCCCUUUUUUUCUUCAAAAGCUUCAAGGUGAAGAGUCACAUUUGGACAGAUUGAGUAUGGCACAACUGACCCAACUGUUCCUAAGCUCAGUCCUAGAGUGCCCUUUCUAUAAGGGUCCCAAACUAUUUCGUCAAUACCAAGUGAAAUCAUUUCUUACUCCAUGCUGUUCCCUGGAGACCCCUAUGGAUUUUCAUCUUUAUAAAUCUGUGAUGAUUGGACUGAUUGACCUUUUAGGAGCAAGAUCAUAUUUUGCUUCAAAAGUAUUAACACCCUAUUGUUAUACGAUAGAUGUUGAAAUUAAGUUAGAUGAAGAAGGAUUUGUAUUGCCAUUCACAGUUGAUGAAGACAUCCAUAAAAGAGUAGCACUGUGCAUUGAUGGUCCAAAAAGAUUUUGCUCUAAUAGCAAACACUUACUAGGAAGAGAAGCUAUCAAACAAAGACAUCUACGAUUACUGGGUUACCAAGUUGUUCAGACAAGGUGACCCAUUAAGACCGGGCUCCUCAUCCACCCUACUGAUCCCCUAUCAUGAGAUUGAGGUGCUCAAGUCCAGACAAGAAUUGGUGGAGUAUCUACAAAGCAAGCUCUUUCCUCAAAACUCCACUGUUCAUUGGUAACAAGGAAGAACAAUGGCUUUAUGCCUCAGAUAGUGAAAGGACUUAUUUUUAAGAGACAUAGUUUAAGAGGAUAAUUUGUGAAUUAACCAUUUUGCAGAAUUAUGUUUAUAGACUGGUGCUCUGAGAAGGCUCAGAGGUUUUCCUGAUACCAUGUAUAAUUUUAUGGGUGGUAAACUUAAAAUUAAUUUAUUACUAGUGUCAUAGGAAUUUUUAUACCUCAAACAGAAUUGAUCAAGUACAAUAAAGGAAUAUAAUGAAUACUUGUUA